GACUUAUAACAAGCUUAACAACAAAUAUUUAAAAAAAUAAAUUUAGUUUCAAAACCUUUUUAAAAAAAUCAAAUUUUACAAAAAGUCAACGAAAAUCACAAAAAAAUCAAUUAAGAAAUAGCAAAAAUUCAUCAGAAUCUACAAAAAAAUGGAUCUUUUCUGUGAAUACUCAACAGUCUCAUCAUUCUACACCGAUGAAAACAUCUACAAGUGUGAAGUCAUUGGAAUCAACAGAAUUGCAACAAAUGGACGUGUCCUCAACAUCCAUGGAACUCAUCCAGAUGGCAAAUCUAAUGCCGAUGUCAACACAUUGACAAUUUUCGAUCAUCAAAUUGAAAACUUUCCACGUUAUUUGUGCAAAUUCUUCCCAAACUUAAAGUCAAUUUCCGUCCUUUGUUGUGGAUUAAAAAAAUUAUCAAAAUUUGACUUUAUUGGAUGUGAAGGAAUUGAAAAGUUGAUGCUGAAUGGAAAUUUAAUCAAGUCUGUGGCUCCGGAUGUCUUUGAAUAUGUUUCAAAUUUAGAAAUAAUUUCAUUUUUUAUGAAUCAAAUUUCAUUUGUGCCUGAAAUUGUCUUUGAUGGACUUAAAAUGUUGAAAUAUGUCAAUUUUAAAAUGAAUCCAGGCAUUGAUUGGUGCUGCAAGGAGUUUGGACGACAAGGAAAUUUAUUGGCAGAAAUUAAGGGGAAGUUGAGGAAGGAUUUUGGUGCUAAACAAGUCAUUGAAAGUGCUGAAAAUGGAACUCAGGAAUUUUUCGAAGCCUUCAAAUUUUUGGAGAAUUUUCGAGACUCGGCAAGGAUUGCAAUGGAAGAUAACUGCGAUAAUAGGAUCAAGAUGAUGUUUAAUAGGUUCUGAA